CUCAACUUCCCUUCCCAUCUCAUCACAUCUAUAAACUACAAUCACAUAAACAAAAUCUCUUACAUUUAUCCAUUCUCAAGUUUGAAGUGAAUCAUCAUCAUAUAGAAUCAUGGGUAUUCGUAUGCCAUUUAUGGUGCACCAAGCAAAGCAGGUAUUCAAGUCAACAUCACAGCAUCUACAAGGUGGAAACCAGACAAGUGUUGUUCCAAAGGGACACAUAGCAGUGUAUGUUGGAGAGUUGCAGAAGAAGCGGUUUGUGGUUCCGAUAUCAUACUUGAGUCAUCCUUUGUUUGUUGACUUGCUUCACAGAGCAGAGGAAGAGUUUGGAUUCAACCAUCCAAUGGGAGGACUCACAAUUCCAUGCAAAGAAGAUGCAUUUAUCAACCUUACCUCUCAACUGGGUGCUUUGUGAAUCAAACAUAUAUUCAUAACAUCUCCUACUGACUUCAUUUUUUUAGAACCUUACAAGAUAUAUAGAUCUCUUUUUCUUUCUCUAACUUCUGUCUUCUAGACAAAUAGUGUAUUUUGUUGUAUAAAAUUUUGUUCAAAUCUGUCUCCUGUUUGGAGGUGCAAAAUCGUCAAUUACGUCCUCUACUUGCCCCUCUGUACCAGCCUUUGAAACAUUUGAUUCGUACAAUUUAUAGCUUAAAAACCACAAUUGCCGGCGGUAUAUUUAAGAUAUUUUUUUUUA